AGUACCAACCAGUUCAGCAGAGUGUAGUCAAUGGCAGACCACCACCAUCAUGACCAUGAUCACCACCAUCACCAUGAUCAUGAUCACAGCCAUGGGGAUUCAGCAGCAACAAAGUCAUGGACAGGAGCAGAUGGGAAGGUGUACCACAGCCAUGAUGGGCUGGCACCACACUCACAUGAACCCAUCUACUCUCCUGGUUUCUUCAGCAGAAGAGCGCCACCACUCCUCUCCAGGGAUUUCAAGGAAAGGGCUUUCACUAUUGGCAUUGGAGGACCAGUUGGUACUGGGAAAACUGCUCUGAUGUUGGCUCUGUGUAAACUUUUGCGCGACAAGUACAGUCUUGCUGCAGUGACAAAUGAUAUAUUCACCACAGAGGACGGCGAGUUUUUGGUCAAGCAUGGAGCACUUCCUGAAGAAAGGAUACGUGCUGUGGAGACUGGGGGAUGCCCUCAUGCCGCAAUUCGUGAAGACAUCAGCAUAAAUCUAGGCCCUCUUGAGGAGCUUUCUAACUUGUAUAAGGCAGACAUUCUUCUUUGUGAAUCGGGCGGAGAUAAUCUGGCUGCAAACUUCAGCAGGGAGCUGGCCGACUAUAUCAUUUACAUCAUAGAUGUAUCUGGUGGUGAUAAAAUUCCACGGAAAGGUGGCCCUGGAAUUACUCAAGCUGACCUUCUGGUGAUAAACAAGACGGAUCUUGCACAAGCAGUUGGAGCUGAUUUGGCAGUGAUGGAGCGUGACGCUCUUCGAAUGCGAGAUGGAGGGCCAUUUGUCUUUGCUCAGGUGAAGCACGGGCAAGGAGUUGAGGAAAUUGUGCACCACGUAUUACAGGCUUGGGAACGAGCAACAGGGAUGAAGCGCCACUGAGCCGCCUGAAGCUUUUUUACCGUUUUUGGUUUCUGCAUGUUUCUUCAAAUCUUUCUCUACAUCUUAGAAUAAACGUGUAGAAGUUUUGCACUAGCUUUCACUGUUUAGUGUCGCCAUAUUUGAGUCUGCAUUCGAUGCUCUAGUCCGGUGAUAGGAUGAACCUCGACCUGUAAACCUUGCAUUAUCUAUAUGAAUAAAACCAUUUCUACA